UCACUGGCAGAAGAGAGAAAUAACAGGCCAUGUUCACGGGUGUGCUGUGUUGGUAGUGGCCUGUUCGAGUAGUAGUGAGCCCCGUUUUGCUCUUCUAAAAGACAAGUUCGAGCUGGACGGUCCAGCGACUCCAAUGGCUGUCGCGGGUGCCGGGCUUUGUACGGUGAAAGUGGAGGAGGACUCACCCGGGAGUCAGAAGUCCUUCGGAUCCGGGGAUUGGCAGAACCCCGAAACUUCUCGACAACAGUUUAGGCAGCUGCGCUACCAGGAAGUGGCCGGCCCGGAGGAGGCGCUGAGCCGACUCUGGGAGCUGUGUCGGCGGUGGCUGAGGCCGGAGCUGCGCUCCAAGGAGCAGAUCCUGGAGCUGCUGGUGCUGGAGCAGUUCCUCACCAUCCUGCCGCAAGAGCUCCAGGCCUGUGUGCGGGACCACUGCCCUGAGAGCGGGGAGGAGGCUGCGGCCUUGGCGCGGACUCUACAAAGAGCCCUGGACCGAGCCUCCCCACAGGGCUUUGUGGCUUUCAAGGAUGUGGCUGAAUCUCUGACCUGGGAAGACUGGGAGCAGCUGGCUGCAGCUCGGAAGGGUUUCCAAGGCACAAAGGACCCUGGGAGCACAGUUCUGCCUGGCUUGGAAACCAGAGCUUCAAACACAGACUGUAUUCCAAAGCAAGAAACUUUAAAGGGAGCAGAGCCACAGGCAUGGAUACACGAAGUGUCCCAGGGAAGGGUCCCACUAUUCACUGAGUAUGGUGCCCUUGAGGAUUGGGAAGAAAAGCUGCCAAAAGACACUGUAUUGCUGCAACUCCAGAGUUCUACUGAAGAGCAAGGACGCACCACCACCUCACCUCUCAUCAGUGUGCCCAAGGAAGAAGGGGUUUCUAAAAAUAAUGAAUUUGGGAACAAUGCCAGCUUUGGCAUUGCUCAGCACAUCCAGACAGCAGAGAGGCCUGGUACUAAUGGUGAAUAUGAGAACGAUCACAAACAAGGCUUCCAUGUGAAAUGCCAUACGGUGAAACCUCACAACUCUGUUGACAAUAGUUUGGGGCUCCAUGAAGACAAACCCUAUAAAUGUGACAGCUGUGAGAAGAGGUUCAGACAGCGCUCUGACCUCUUCAAACACCAGAGGACCCACACAGGUGAGAAGCCCUAUCAGUGCCAGGCGUGUGGGAAAAGCUUCAGCCAGAGUGCUGCCCUUGUUAAACACCAGCGGACACACACAGGCGAGAAGCCAUACGCAUGCCCAGAAUGUGGGGAAUGCUUCAGGCAGAGCUCACAUCUCAGUCGGCAUCAGAGAACCCAUGCCAGCGAGAAGUACUAUAAAUGUGAGGAAUGUGGGGAGAUCUUCCAUAUUUCCAGCCUUUUUAGACAUCAGAGACUACAUAAAGGGGAGAGACCCUAUAAAUGUGAGGACUGCGAGAAAAGCUUCAAGCAGCGCUCAGACCUCUUUAAGCAUCAGAGGAUCCACACGGGAGAGAAGCCCUAUGUGUGUUUUGUGUGUGAGAAACGCUUCAGUCAGAGUGCAACCCUCAUUAAACACCAAAGGACUCACACGGGAGAAAAACCUUAUAAAUGUCUUGAGUGUGGUGAGAGAUUUAGACAGAGCACACACCUUGUCCGACACCAAAGAAUCCACCGAACUAUGAUCUCCUAGCUUUCA